AUGCAGCGAGCGUCGGCGGGUAACGCUAACACGUUCCGAUGCCGCGGGGAGUUCCCGGCGGCUUGCUUCACACCACGUUGUCUUGAUCAGAUUGACGCCAUCUCCAUAUUCCCAACAUUAUCAUGGCUAGCACUUCUGCGUUCUCUGGGUAUCAUCGCUCUCAAUACUCUCGGUACCAUCAUCGAUUACUUGAGUGGCGUCGCCACCCGUAUACUUAUAGAUCGUCACUACAUUUACCUCUUCGAACAUGCUGCACGGUUCAUCUCUUCUGCCCGGAGACGAUCAGUCCGUGCAGAGGUCUCACGAGCAGAUCAGGACCGAACUUCGAGCCAAGAUGGCCGAGAUAAUCGACUGUCGGAGCAGGCGCGAAGAUUGCUGGAAAGUGACACCGGUGAAGGGCAAGCGUUAAAUAUCUCCGCCAUCUAUCCAUCUCCCGAGCCUACUCGUACAGACCCACACAAGCAUGAGCUCUUGGGCACAGGCCCAUAUACCUCCAAGAUCGACCUUGAGCCCUCUCACCGCAUUCGAUUCGUCUUCUCCAUCAGUUCAUCGCCGUGCUUUCCCUCCUCGGGUCUUGCUGAGCUUACGGGUGGAGCGACCGGAUCCGCAAUGCCAAGAUCCAUGAACAGAACAUCCACUGCGGACAGGCGCAUCGAUCUUAGGUGA